AUGACUCAAUCCAACUCUUCAAAACGCAUCUGGGCCUCCCUAAUAACCAACCUCGACUACCUCCCCGGCCUCCUCACGCUCUCGCACUCCCUCCGCGCCAGCAACACCGCCUACCCAUUCGUCGCUUUCUACACCUCCUCGUUCCCCGCCGAAGGCCUCGCUGCUCUGCGCGCGCGGGGUAUCGAGACACAACAUGUUCCGAACCUCCAGCCCGGGAACAGUAAUAGAGUGUAUGCGCAUGAUCCGCGGUUCCAGGAGACGUGGACGAAGCUGGUUGUGUUUUCGUUGACGCAGUAUGAGCGUAUUGUACUCCUGGAUGGGGAUAUGUUGGUGAGGAGGGAUAUGGAUGAGUUGAUGAAGUUGGAGUUGGAUGGUGAAGGUGCAGGUGAAGAAGGAACGAGGGUCUUUGCGGCUAGUCAUGCUUGCGCGUGUAAUCCGUUGAAGAAGGGACAUUAUCCCAAGACUUGGAUCCCGUCCAAUUGCGCCUUCACAAGCCAACACAGCAACCCCACAGAGGCCCAAACCCACGGCGCACCGUCCUCAACCGGUGUGGGGAUGCUAAACAGCGGCCUCCUGGUCGUCGUGCCCUCCACGCGCACCUUUUCCUUAAUCACUGAUACCAUGAACACCCCGUCACGGACCGACCACUACGACUUCCCGGACCAGGAGCUCUUAUCGGACGUAUUCCGCGGGCGAUGGGUGGCGCUGCCGUAUGUGUAUAAUGCGCUGAAGACGCUGCGGUGGGAAGGGGUGCAUGAUGCGAUUUGGCGGGAUGAGAGCGUCAAGAACGUGCAUUAUAUUUUUGCGAAGAAGCCGUGGCAUGAGGAUCCCCAGGACGAGAUGGACGAGACGCAUCGGUGGUGGUGGAGGGCGAAUUUAGAGAGACAGGAGAGGGAUCGAGAGGGGGGUAUUACAGAUGGAUUUUAA